AUGAACCGUCAUGACACCCAGUUAGCUUUGAGAAGUCGCAUUGUGGGCCUACGAGAAGCUGGACUCUCCACCCGAGCCAUAUCCCGUGCAAUAGCUUACAAAGUCUCAAAAGUCACCUACAUUUUUCUUUCAGGCAAGCAGUUUGAAAUGACUGACCCACGCCUAUUGGAAUUUGAAAACUUGACUCGCGAGUUGGUGGAGAGCAUGGCUCUUCUGGCCAUCCCAGACAUAUUCCCGUGGAUAAUGUACAUCCUGCCUGGCGCUCUCACAGGACGCAUCUUCCACCUCGACUUACAGAAGAAGAUCAGACAUAAAUUCCUUAUUUAUUUCAAUAAGGAAAUCGAGGAGCACCGAGCCACUCUGGACCGUGAUGACCCCCGGGACCUGAUAGAUGGUUACCUGAUAAUGAUGGAGAAGAAGGCGGAUGACCCGGACAAUACCUUCAGUGUGAAGGAUUUGGCAAUCUUAGUCCUCGACCUGUUCCUCGCUGGGAGUGAGACCACGGCCGACACCCUCACCUGGAUGUUCUACUACCUGGCCACAUACCCGGAGGUGCAGCAGAAGAUGCAGGCAGAGAUAAAUGAGGUCCUCCCUAAGGGCACCCUGGCAACCCUCGAC